AAUCUGACACUUCCAUACUAACACAACACAAGCAUGUUCGCUCAGCAAUUCAAACGCAAUUAGGAUAGACCGAACCUCGUUCAAGCUAACUUAUCUACCUUAUUCGGGAUUUUUCUACCCGUGAUUACUAGAAACUCUUGGAAGGCUGCCAUGAGCUCUCCUCUAGAAUGUGAGGACCCAAACAAGGCGGCUAAUAGUCAUCACUUCAAGGCUCUUCGACCUUCGUUUUCCGUGCGAACAGUCUUUCUAUUAUUGCUGAUAUUCUCUGGACUCGUGACAAUCUGGCAAGUUAAGUUCUACGGUAAUAUUUCUAUCUCUCCCUGGUAUCAAGCUAACGGGGCGCAAAAUGAGGACGAGGUAAUCACCGAAGAAGAAAUGGAUAAAAGCAUCACCUCACCCACCCCUCCCUAUUGCAAAAGGGUCGAUCACGUGCUCUUUCUCAAAACGCACAAAACUGGGAGCAGUACGCUGACCAACCUCCUUAAUCGCUAUGGCAACAAGCAUGAGCUUACUUUUGCCCUCCCUCAAACUGCAUACUCCUUUAACUGGCCUCACAAGUUCAGGACAGUGUAUGUAGUGCCGGUAUAUCGACGCCCGCACAUACUUUGCAAUCACGCACGCUUUAAUAAGAAACCAAUGAAUAUACUAUUCCCAAAGAAAGACACGAAGUAUUUGACGAUACUGAGGCACCCAGUUACGCAUUUCGAAUCGAUAUUUAACUUUAUGAAAUUGUGGGACUCUUUAAAUAUCAAAGGAAGGGAUUCGAUAGAAAUAAUGGAUAAAUUUCUCCAGGGAAAUUCAUCGUUUAAUCCGGAGUACUUGUCGAGUAAAUUAACCGCAAGAUUGCUGAGGAACCCGAUGUUGUUUGAUCUAGGGAUGGAUUACCGAUACUUUCAAGAUUUGUCAGCUGUUUGGACCUACAUACAAACAUUACACAAGGAAUUUGACCUCGUUCUCAUAAUGGAGUAUUUUGACGAGUCCAUGGUCCUUAUGAAGCGCACGUUUUGCUGGGACAUAGAUGACGUCUUGUACUUGAAACUAAACGAACGCAGAGAUAAAGACAAACGGAACAUCACGGAAAAAAUGAAGCAGAAUAUUCUUAGCUGGAGCCAAGCGGAUAUGAUGCUUUAUAGAAGUUUUAAUAAGACAUUUUGGAAGCGAAUUGAGAACGAGGGUCCUGCGUUUUAUUACGAUUUAGCACGAUUUCGGGAACGAAAGAAGGAAGUCUUUGACAUGUGUGUGAAGUCUGAUAAACAUGUUGACCAGGCAUACUCGCACCAUUACGUCAAGGGGUAUUUAUUGCGCGAUCUUCGAGGAAAAGAUCGUGAAUUUUGUCGCAGUUUAGUUAGGAAUGAGUUGAAUUAUUUGGCUCAUAACUUACAAAGACAUCGAAAGCAGCAAGAAGAGAUAGAUGAUUUGGGAGAAUUCCCGGAUAUGUUCGAUAAACGGAACAAUUGGGAUGUGAAACAGGACUUAGCGCAUCACCCUGUAUCAUAGUAAUAAAGAAGCGUUAACUAA